ACACACACACACACUCACACUCACACACACGGAAGAGUGCGUGCAUCCUCCGGCUUCCUCCAAAAGAUGCCUACCCUGAGACAAUAGCUGGCCUCUCUGAUCUUUGCAGACCCGCGGUGGAGAGGUGAGGCGUGCAGUGCGCAUGCCCGGCCAGCUACAGGUGCAUCACCUGCCUUGUCCUUGCUGGUGGUCACUAUAAGAGCGGCUCCCACGCGCUGCCGGCGGCUGCUCGACGAGCGCGCGCGCGCUCGCUCACUCGCUCGCCCGCCCGAGCACGGCGCCGCGGCCAGCGGAGGACGCGCGCCAGACGGACGGGAGACAGCUGAUGCCUGUCAGCGCGGCGGGGCCGCGAGCUCUCGCGAGAGCUCCCCGGGCCGGCCGCGAGAAGUGGGGCUCAGGUGUAAGAGGAGUGCAUCCCGUCGGCGCGCUGGGCUAGAGCUCUUGGAGAAGCGGGCUCGCGAGACCGGCGCGCGGGCGCUCUGCGCGGUGCGGUCCGAGGCAGCGGCCGGCGGCAGCGGGAGCCCGAGCAGGAGCGGCGGCGGCGGCGGCGGCGGCAGCCCCGCGGCGAGGCCAGUGCGAGCCGCCCCGGGCCGCUGCGGCCGCAGCCUCGGCAGGGAGGCCGGGCGAGCCGGCGUGCGCACUUUGCGGCGGACUUUGCGAGUGUUUGUGGAUAUUUCCAUGCCAAGCCGUCAAGAUGAUGUCCAUGAACAGCAAGCAGCCUCACUUUGCCAUGCAUCCCACCCUCCCUGAGCACAAGUACCCGUCGCUGCACUCCAGCUCCGAGGCCAUCCGGCGGGCCUGCCUGCCCACGCCGCCGCUGCAGAGCAACCUCUUCGCCAGCCUGGACGAGACGCUGCUGGCGCGGGCCGAGGCGCUGGCGGCCGUGGACAUCGCGGUGUCCCAGGGCAAGAGCCACCCUUUCAAGCCGGACGCCACGUACCACACGAUGAACAGCGUGCCCUGCACGUCCACGUCCACCGUGCCGCUGGCGCACCACCACCACCACCACCACCACCACCAGGCGCUCGAGCCCGGCGAUCUGCUGGACCACAUCUCGUCGCCGUCGCUCGCGCUCAUGGCCGGCGCGGGGGGCGCGGGCGCGGCGGGCGGUGGCGGCGGCGCCCACGACGGCCCCGGGGGCGGCGGCGGCGGCGGCCCGGGGGGCGGCGGCGGCCCGGGCGGCGGCGGCCCCGGGGGUGGCGGCGGCGGCGGCGGCCCGGGGGGCGGCGGCGGCCCGGGCGGCGGGCUCUUGGGCGGCUCGGCGCACCCGCACCCGCACAUGCACGGCCUGGGCCACCUGUCGCACCCGGCGGCCGCGGCCGCCAUGAACAUGCCGUCCGGGCUGCCGCACCCGGGGCUGGUGGCCGCGGCCGCACACCACGGCGCGGCGGCGGCGGCGGCGGCGGCGGCGGCCGGGCAGGUGGCGGCCGCGUCGGCGGCGGCGGCGGUGGUGGGCGCGGCGGGCCUGGCGUCCAUCUGCGACUCGGACACGGACCCGCGCGAGCUCGAGGCGUUCGCCGAGCGCUUCAAGCAGCGGCGCAUCAAGCUGGGUGUGACGCAGGCCGACGUGGGCUCGGCGCUGGCCAACCUCAAGAUCCCGGGCGUGGGCUCGCUCAGCCAGAGCACCAUCUGCAGGUUCGAGUCGCUCACGCUCUCGCACAACAACAUGAUCGCGCUCAAGCCCAUCCUGCAGGCGUGGCUGGAGGAGGCCGAGGGCGCCCAGCGGGAGAAAAUGAACAAGCCCGAGCUCUUCAACGGCGGCGAGAAGAAGCGCAAGCGGACUUCCAUCGCCGCGCCGGAGAAGCGCUCCCUCGAGGCCUACUUUGCGGUACAACCCCGGCCCUCGUCGGAGAAGAUCGCCGCCAUCGCCGAGAAACUGGACCUCAAAAAGAACGUGGUGCGGGUGUGGUUUUGCAACCAGAGACAGAAGCAGAAGCGGAUGAAAUUCUCUGCCACUUACUGAGGAGGGUGUGAGGUGGUGCCGGGUGGGGCAGACUGGGGAGCUGAGGGGUGCGCUUCUUCUCCUCUGGCCUGCUUCCCCUCAUUUAGAGUGUCCGUUAUCCUGCCUGCAUUUGGGGAGUCCCUUCUCUUCGUCCUUUCCUCAGCCCCACUCUGCACCCUGCCCCAAACGUCCCCCACCUAGAGGACAGGGGUGCUGGAUGUGGAGAAAGGAUGGGAUGGUAGGAGAGAGCAGGGCGUGGGGGGAAGGAGAGCAAAGACUAGAGCCGGGGUUUUGAGGAGCAGGAUGGUUCUGGAGACUAGGGUGGGUGGGGAAGAUGGGGGAGGAACCGGGGAUGGACCGUUUUCCUGACCAGAGACACUUAUCAAAAUCAACUGGGGACCAAGGAACUAUGUACAAAGACAAAACUACCAACCACCACCCAAAACAAAACAAAACAUGAAACCCUAGACAAAUAAAGAAGGGAAAAAUGUCAAAGAAAGAUGCUUUAGGAAUGUAAGUCCGGGAGCAGUGUUGUGCAGUUUCAUUAACCCAAAGGAAGAGAAAAGAGCAAUACCAUUUCCACCACCGCCCCAACUCCGUGCGCACACACAAGUGAGUCAGUCAUAAGUGAAAACCAAGCAAACUGGAGCAUGGAAUUCCGGAUAGGAAGCUAGUUGUUCUGUGUUUAAUUUUCCCUUCUGAAAUCUGACAUCCUCAAAUCCAUAAACUCUUAUUUAUUUCCCUUUCCAAAGAGAUCCCAAGGUCUUGCUUUAGCUCUGGAAGGCUCUGGAGCUUAGCUGAAAGGAACUUGGGAGACCGGCUGGUUGUAUAAACUGAACCUUCCUUUCCAGGAGCCAGAUGGCCAAAGUCCUGGGGCCUGUUCUUGGUCAGGUGAGGAUCCUUAGGCAAUGAGAGUCUAAAAGACAGAAAUUAAGGUCUCUGAUAUAAGUGUUCUAUUCUGGGAUAAUUACAUGGUAACAACUAGAGUAUGAUUUUUUUCUUUUUCAUUUUUGUUCAUGGAUCCAUGAACAGAUUAUCUGAAAAUAAUUUUUUUUCUCUCAAUCCCAUUUAUAGAACUUUUACCUGAGCCGGCCCCCUGUUUUUCAAUCCGAUUCAAACUGUCUGCUGACUUGACACUCCUUGCUAUUAAUUUAAGUGGAAUGAUAGGGUGAAAGUCGUAGGAGAGGAACUUCCAUUCUCAGCUUUCUGCCCUGAGUAAGACUCAUCUUACUCUGCUAGCCCCCUUCUCUGUCUCUGGGAGAACAUGAAGUUAUUGAAGAGCUGAGAAGUUUCUGCUUUCAUUUGGGGGCAGAAGUUGGCUGUAAGAAAAAUCACCUACAAUCCCAGAAGAGAGGAAGACUUUAAAGAUAUAACACCCCCCCCCCCACACACACACACCUCUUGCUUUAUUUGUCUGAAAUAGGUCUGCACUUCCCUGGGGAAAGCAGGACACUUGUUUCCUUCUUGUUGAUGUUAUUCAGGGUCAUUUAUUACUGGGGAUAAAUGUUGAGUUGCAAAAACUUUAAUUUGCACUAUGAGUUUCCAGAAUAAAGAACAUAUAUGGUAUUUCGUACUAACAACCCAAGCUGCUGAUGGAUUUAAAAAAAAAAAAAAAAAAA